AUGGCACCAGACAUCAGAAACUUUUUUGGCCCAAAAGGAGGCCAGGGUGCAGCACCAAAGCCUGCUAAGCCAGCACCCAAGCCAUCAGAGGACAAAUCAAAUCCUCGAAAAAGGAGAAGUAGAAAAGUCGUGGAUGAUAGCGACGAUGACGAUGACACGCCUAUUAAAGCUCCCCCGAAGCCCCAGCCAAAGAAAAAACAAAAACCCGAAGAGCCAAAGGCUGAGCCUACCACGACAUCGGAAUACUUUAGCUCAAGCAAGAAGAGCCGCAAACCGAGCACAUCUACUGAUAUUAAGCAGUCGAAGACACCCAACUUGGAAAAGACCGCCUUAGUCACACGAGAGAGCCCACGGAAAGCUGCCAAAAAUGUUCCUUCAGUUGAAAUCCAUGAACCUCCACCAGUCGCAAAAGAAGAAGUAAAGAAGCCCUCUAAAGUAGAGCGGAUCGUCGACGCGGAGGAACAUCUGGGAGGAGACGAUAUUUUUGCCUCCGAAUUUCAGACAUCCGGAAAGGCCGAUGAUGACUAUGAGGAAGAUGAAGGGUCGGAUUUCGAUGAUAUGGUUGUGAAGCCUCCAACUGCGGUAGAUACAUCAAAGACGGAGAAGUCAAGUCCAGCACUUCAACCUAACCGAAAAGUGCAGAAGAGAAAGUCAGCUGCCCUGAGCGAAGACGAGGGGGCGAGUGAGGACGAUGGUGAAAAGAAGAAGAAAACUCCCCGUGCGCGGGCCUCGAAAACAGCAUCCAAGUCUACCCCAAAGAAACCAAGGGCAAACAAGGUGGAUCAACCGGAAAGCAAAGAAAUACAGGACAUACUUAAUAGUAUUCCUGAAGUUAAAGCACCUUCACCACCAACAGAGACGAAGAAAUUUAAUUUCGCCGCAGCUGCUCAGCGAGCUCAAUCCAAUGGUGCCAUUGAUAAUGCAGAUUUACCCGUUGGAGAGCCAAACUGUCUCGCCGGCCUUUCAUUUGUCUUCACAGGCAUUCUCCAGACCCUUGGUCGAGAGCAAGGGCAGACUUUGGUGAAAAAAUAUGGAGGCAAAAGUAUGACUGCUCCCAGCUCGAAAACGAGCUAUGUCGUGCUAGGUAGCGAUGCUGGUCCGAAGAAGCUUGAGACCAUCCAAAAGUACAAACUCAAGACAAUCAAUGAGGAGGGUCUAUUCGAGUUGAUUAGGAAACUUCCUGCAAACGGGGGGGAUGGAAAGGCAGCUAUUCAGUAUGCCGAAAAGAAAAAGGCCGAGGAGCAAAAAAUCAAAGAAAUGGCGGCCGAGAUAGAUCGUGAGGAAAAGAAACGUACGGUAUCGAAGGCUCCAGCCCCCAGCGUUUUAAGUCAGAGCUCUAAGUCUAAGAGCAUUGGGGAUAAAAAUGAAGCUGUUGACGAUCGACUCUGGACCACUAAAUACGCUCCUACUUCCCUUAAUAUGAUCUGUGGAAACAAAGGCACAGUGGAAAAACUUCAACAUUGGCUCCGUACCUGGCAUUCGAACGCUAGAGCUGGUUUCAAAAAGCCUGGUAAAGACGGAUCUGGGACUUAUCGUACCGUUAUGAUACACGGCCCUCCAGGCAUUGGGAAGACGACAGCUGCUCAUCUAGUUGCGAAGCUUGAGAACUUUGAUAUUGUCGAGACAAACGCCAGCGACACUCGAAGCAAAAAACUACUUGAAACAUCAUUACGCGGAGUCCUUGAUACUACAUCUCUACAAGGAUACUUUUCGGGCGAGGGGAAGAAAGUAGAACCUGGCAAGAAGAAUUUAGUUAUGAUUAUGGAUGAAGUUGACGGAAUGUCUGCCGGCGAUCGAGGUGGUGUUGGUGCUGUGGCUGCUAUUGCAAAGAAAACAAGGAUUCCAAUAAUCCUCAUUUGCAAUGAACGAAGACUACCCAAAAUGAAGCCUUUCAACCACGUCACAUUCGAGUUGCCAUUCAGACGACCAACGGCAGAGCAAAUUCGUGCACGAUUGUUUACCAUAUGUUACCGAGAAGGCAUAAAGAUACCGCCGCAGGUACUUGAUGGCCUAAUUGAAGGAACCCACGCCGAUAUUCGACAAGUAAUUAACAUGCUAUCAACGAUAAAACUCAGCACCAGUAACCUCGAUUAUGAUCAAGGCAAGGAAAUGUCGAAAGCAUGGGAGAAACAUGUUAUCCUGAAGCCCUGGGAUAUCGCUGGAAAGAUCCUGAGUGCGCAAAUGUUUGCUGCAAGCUCAAAGUCGACUCUCAACGAAAAGAUUGAACUGUAUUUCAACGACCAUGAGUUCAGUUACCUCAUGCUGCAAGAAAAUUAUUUAAAAACAAACCCUAUGGCUGCCAGCACUUAUAGUGGCAAGGAGAGGCAGUACAAAUUACUGGAGCUAGCUGAUAAAGCUGCAGAGAGCAUCAGCGAUGGCGACUUAGUGGAUAGAAUGAUCCAUGGCUCGCAACAGCAAUGGAGUCUGAUGCCAACGCACGCAGCGUUCAGUUUUGUGAGGCCCGCUAGUUUUAUGGCUGGAAAUAUGAUGGAUAGGGUUGGUUUUACUAGUUGGUUGGGUAAUAAUAGUAAACAAGGCAAAAUGGCAAGACAAGUCAAGGAAAUUCAGGGGCACAUGCGUCUGCGUGCCUCAGGCGACCGACAUGAUGUUCGCCAGCAAUACCUACCCGCAAUCUGGAAUAAGACCGUCAGGAGAAUGGAGAUUGAUGGCAAGGAGGCUGUCGAUGAAGUCAUCGACUUCAUGGACAGCUACUUCUUAACCCGAGACGACUAUGAUUCUAUCACUGAGCUCGGCCUUGGUCCUAUGAAUGAGAAGAAUAUCAACAUCCACUCCCAAACAAAGGCAACCUUCACACGUCUAUACAAUCAACGCUCCCACCCUUUGCCGUUCAUGAAAGCGUCCAGUGUUGUAUCGACAAAGAAGCUACCCAAAGUAAAACCAGACUUGGAAGAUGCAAUUGACGAAUCAGACGAUGCCGAAGAAAUCCUGGGUGAAGAAGAGGUCAAGGACGAAGAAAGCGACCUAGAUUUAAAGAAGGACAAGUAUGUGAAAGCCGCAAAAGCGAAGAAGGCUGGAGCUGGCGCGAAGAAGGCCGGCGCGGCGAAAGCGAAGCUCAAGAAGCCCAAAAAGGCUGCCAAUUCAGAUGAUGAUAUUGAUAUAUCCCAAGACGAGGCCCCGAAAAAGAGAGGCCGGAAACCAAAGGUAAAAGGUAACGCGUAA